UGAGAUGCAUCGUCUCCACACCGCGCAAGCGCAACCAACUGAUUGCUCCUUCCAAGUGAGUGCUUCUCCUAAAACCUGAAAACAAAUGGAGGUGGAGGCGGCGGCGCCUACGGUGGCGGGGAUGGAUUUCUCGGCUUCUCCGAGGUUCGACCCGGAUAAGCUGGAGUCUCCCCCGCCGGUGGAGGGAAGUGGCGGCGAGAAUGGCGCCGCCACCAAGCUGCAGAAGGUCUACCGCAGCUACCGGACCCGCCGGAAGCUCGCCGACUCCGCCGUCGUCGUCGAGGAGCUCUGGUGGCAAGCGCUGGACUUCGCGCGCCUCAGCCACAGCACCGUCUCCUUCUUCGACGAACCCAAGCCGGAGACCGCCGCCUCGCGCUGGAACCGCGUCAGUCUCAAUGCAUCCAAGGUGGGUCAGGGUUUAUCCAGAGACGGCAAGGCUCUCAAGCUGGCUUUCCAGCACUGGAUCGAGGCUAUUGACCCGCGGCAUAGAUAUGGGCACAAUCUGCACUUCUACUACGAUGUCUGGUGUCAAAGCCAGGCCGGGCAGCCCUUCUUCUACUGGCUUGAUGUUGGAGAGGGAAAGGAUCUAGACCUUCCAGAAUGUCCAAGAGCAAAGCUAAAGAAGCAAUGCAUUAAGUAUCUUGGUCCGCAAGAGCGUGAGAACUAUGAAUACAUAAUUAAUGAGGGAAAGAUUAUCCAUAAACAGUCUGGACAACCACUUGAUACAAGCCAGGAUCCUAAAGGGACUAAAUGGAUUUUUGUUAUGAGCACAGCAAAAAGACUCUAUGCUGGGAAGAAAGAGAGAGGUGUAUUCCAGCAUUCCAGCUUUUUAGCAGGAGGCACUACCAUAGCUGCUGGAAGAUUUACAGCAGAAAAUGGAAUUAUCAAGUCCAUCUGGGCCUAUAGUGGUCACUACAAACCAAGCGCAGAGAACCUCAGCAAUUUCAUGAACUUCCUUGAAGAGAAUGGAGUUGAUCUCAAAGAAGUUGAGGUGCGCUCAUCCAUCAGAGAAGACUACAAUGAAGAUCCAGUGCGUGAUGGUUCACAGAACCUUACUGCUGAAUCCAUGGGAUCAGAAGUGAUCUCCAUUCCAAGCAUGACUGAAUGCGAUGAAGGCGAGAACGCUACUGCAGAACAAGCCAAACCAACCUACCAAAGAACCUUGUCAGGUGGUCUUCAAAGCCCCAGAGCCACCGGUGUCCCGCAGAAGGCAAUUCUUGAGAGGAUGAAAUCAAAGGGCGAGUCCAAGUCCUAUCAGCUUGGCCACAGGCUGUCCCUCAAAUGGAGCACUGGGGCUGGUCCAAGAAUUGGAUGUGUCAAGGACUACCCAAUGGAGCUCAGAAUGCAGGCUCUGGAAAUGGUGGACCUAUCGCCAAGGGCAUCAACUCCCUCAGCUUUAAGGAGACUACCUUCAUGUUUGUCACCCACUGAGGCCACCUCACCGACAUCCCUGCUCGCGCCAAUGCAGGCCUCCCUGCCCCAGCCAAGUUAGAAGCUCAGAGGAGCUUAUGUCACGCAACUAGCAUGAAGCCCCAAGCGGUUCAGCUGUCUGAUUACUGUAAUCCAGCCUUGUCAUUUUCUACACUGCAAAGCUGAUCAGAUACUUGGUUUGUUCUUGCUGCUGCUCCCCUGUUCUGUGGUUACAGUCAGAUGUAGGCAUGUAGCACACUGCAAAGUUUUACGAGUGUGCCUAGUUGUGGAAUGUGGACUGUAACUAUUGCAGAAAUAGUUUCUGUGCAGAAUCUCUUACAUAUCACAGCCCGAACAGCUUGGAGGAGAUGAGCACCAAUUUAGGUAUUGUUUGGCAUA